AUGAGUCCACCUAGUAAGUUUACGUGCCCCUCUACAUGGCUAGUUCAAGACGUCAUGCAUGAAGGGCAUGAUGUCCACCGUUCGCAGUCCUCGCAGUCUACGUCGUCUACCACAUCAGAUGUAUCCACAGCGCUGUCGCGUACUGAUGUUUCGCCUUUUUCGCUAAACGGGAAUGGUAGUAGCACAGAAACCUCGCCAGCAACGUCUAGCUAUUCAAAUAAAACUAGGCGCCUUAGUGACGUUAUGGAUGCUGACCACGAUGAAUUCAUGAGCUCUAAUGCCCCUAUACCUUCGACCAAACGGCGAAAAUCUAGCCCUUUUACAAACCUUGCGUCGUCAUCGUCCACAUUGACCUUGCAAUGCCCAGAAACUACAGUGAAGCGGCCAGUUUCCAAUGAUGACCCCAAUGUCACGAAAUUGAACGAUAAUGUGACUAUGCAUCUUAGCCGCACCUUGUUUGUGGAAAGCCUAGUUGAAGCAGCAGUGGCAACGAUUUCGUCUACAUGGGGUCGGUUCUCACGAGAAAGCCGUGUGUGCGAACAAGACACUAUGUCGCAAAACAUUUUAUGCCCGAACAACCCCCUUCCCCUUGUCCUCUUCGUUCGCGAAAUCUUACGUCGCAGUCGCACUAGCUGCCUCACGCUCCAAGCUGCCUUACUGUAUUGUGCAAGGUGUAAAGAAUCCUUGAAUGAGAUGAUUGAUAAAGCAACUAAUCCGGUUUCAGGCGCGGGUGAAGCAUGUCGUGCGCUUUACACAGACACAUUCACAUCCUCACCACCCAGUUUGAAUCCGAAUUUUCAGCCUCCGUUGCCUUCAUUAUCCGUUCAAAGCAACGACUACGGUCCUGAGAGCCGGCCUACACAUAAGCCGCAACCGACGAUCCCAGUGCGAUCUGCAUCCCCACUGCUUUGUGGUCGGCGCAUGUUUUUAGCAGCUAUUGUUGUUGCUUCAAAGUUUCUUCAAGAUCGCACAUAUUCUAAUCGAACCUGGUCAAAGAUAUCCGGGCUUCGAACGAUUGAAAUUGAUCAAGUGGAACGCGUUUUUUUGAAGACUAUUCGGUACGACCUGGUCGUCAGUGAUGCUCUCUGGCGUAAAUGGACUGCGGACCUCUCUGUGUUUUGUUCUAACAAGUCGCCGUUUGUUGGAUUGGGGCAAUACUACGAGAAGCCCUUAACUGCUCCGGCCUCUCGAUUGCACCGUGUUACAUCAGAGAACGUGAUUGGUCAGGCGUUUCAGUUUGACUCUUCUUUGAACAACUCUCAGCCCAGCGCAGUUCUUGGAAAAAGAAUAUUUACUCGACAUGGUUCUAGUUUUUAA